AUGAAGCAACUCCGGCUAGCAGCGCUGCUGCUGCCGUGGUGCUUGGCGUACAAAUUUCAGGCGCCAGGCUCUCAGGGGAAUGCCAGCCAGGACUAUGGUGGCCAUGAGGUUACUGCGCAAAUGGUAUCCCUCAUCCAGGAGAUGACAGUCGCAUUGCCUUUGGUCCUCGUCAACUACACGAAUGCCUCCGGCCUGCUCCACGACCGGAAUGCGACAGCUUCAGACAUCACCUUCCGCGCAGGCAACUUGAGCAGAGACAAAGCAUUCGUCAUUGACAAAUCCGCUGGGUUUUACGCAGUGCUCAAUGACUUCAUGGGCCCAACCGACACGGCCAAGUACUGUGCCCCGGGUGUGCUGGAGAACAUGUGGCGCUGCGUUCAUGCGUCGGUUUGCAUCAUCUCAUCGGCUGUCCCCCAGCAUGUAUCGAUGGAGGUGUUCUCGGGUCUGCUUGAACAGGUAACACGAUUUGAGGAGCUCACCUGGCCGAUCUUGCGCUCCGGGCUCAUGCUGGACGAGGGCGGCGAUAUGCUCCUCGACGACUUCGGGAUGCCAGAAGAAUACUCCUGCGACGGCUCGGUUCACGAACCAGCACUUCUGCAGCUUUCUUCCUCAGCUGGCGAAGCGCUGAAGGCGGGAACGUUGGCGAUGUCUGCAGCGCUGCACAGCGCCAUGCGUGCGAGCCACGAGGUGCUGGACUCCCACAUCAUGAACAGUUCAAUGGACGAGACCAUCCGGAAGUUGCAGAUGAACUGGCGCGGCGUGUGCAACGCCUUGGGAUGCGAUCCGACCAAUUACUGGGACAUCUACCUCCGGCAUCACCAGCACAGCUUGGCUCUGCUGGAAACGGACCAGGUGGGGCUGUUGCACUCUGACAUCCGCCACCGCUUCCUCUUGCAGCACCGCGUCCAGAGGUUCAUCUCCACGCACCAUCACGACUUCAGCUUCGUGCAGAAGUACGCGCGCUUCGGCCAGGAGCAGCCGUCCUCGGAGUCGGUCAUGAGGGACUACCAUGCGCGGAGCAAGGAAGCAUUGAUGAAGUUCGUGGUUCCUUUCGUGCAGUCCUUGCCGGAGGAGCGCGCCGUGCGCUUGGUGGACAGGCAGAAGCUGGCGGACAAGAUGGCCGAGGGCCCAUCUGGUGUGAGUCCUCCUCACGAGGAUGAAGCAUCAGAGAUCGACGACCAGCAGGACGUGGAGGGCUGGGAGGAGGGGGACGACGAGAUCCCAGACCGCGAGAUUGCGGACCACGACAUGCUGGAUGACGUCGAGGCGGAGAACGAGGACGAGGACGGCGACCAGGUGGAGACUUUGCCAGCAGGCAAGAAAUCGCCUCCUGCCCUCGGAAACAGCACGGCCAUGACCCUGAUGGAAGAAGAGGUUGCUGUGGCAGGAGUCAUCAAUAUCAAGAUCACUCGAAGAAGAAGGUGGUGGAAGAAGCUGGUAGAAGCCGUGGUCAAGGUGGUCGAAGUCAUUGUGGAAGCAUUGAAAUGCGUCGGGGCCACUUCUCGCUUCAUCAACACGGGCUACAGCAGGAGUAUCGGCACAAACGUGGCCUGGAACAUAGGCCUCAGUGCGGGGGCAACAGAACCUUUGGCCGACCUCCUAAAGGGCUACAUUCCUUCAGCUUGGAUCAGCGUAAGCACCGGCUUCGCGGUCGGGAGUACCACGGACUGGUGGUGGGCCGGCGCGGGCAUGAGUGGCAGUCUAGGCUGCAGCAGCUCCAGCGGCUGCAAACUCGGCAUCAACGUGGCCUUGCUUGCGUGCGGCAUCGCCGAGACACCGCACGACAAGGCCUGCCCACUCCCGGACUGGAUUGCAGAUCCCCUCGGCCUGAAAUGCGGCCAUUCCGCCGGCUGGUCUGUCUCCAUCCUGUGCUGCACUUUCAACCUGCACAACGGCGAGAACAACUGCUACGCCGCCGACUUCUCCCUCUUCGAUCCACUGCCACAAGAGCCCCUUCAGCCCUGGGAAGGCCAACACAGUUUUGUGACCUUUGUGAGCCCUUGCCCGGAGAAGGGACUCAGCAUCUUCCUUCGUCUCGCGGAGGCACUGCCAGACGUGCAGUUCCUGGCCGUGAAGACCGUGACCUGGACCAAGCCAUGGCAUGAGCAGAUCCUGAAGAAGUAUCGGAACGUGAAGGUUCAGGCAGCUACCGAGAAGAUCGAGGAAGUGCUCAAGGUGACGAAGGUGUUGCUUGCGCCGUCUGUCUACCCCGAGGCUUUCGCCCUCGUCGUGACGGAGGCUCAACUUCGAGGUAUCCCGGUUGUCUCCACCCGAAGCGGUGGGCUGGCGGAGGCAAACUGCGUGGCGCAGACGGCCGUUGCAGACGUUCCAAUCGUCUUUGACCAGAGGACCCACGAGCUGGUCCUUGGCAUGUCCAUUGACGAGGCUGAAAACUCGCUGUCGGUUGAUCGCCCUGGAGCCUUGACGAUGGAGCAGUGGCGGCAGACCGCCAUCACCCAGGAGAACUACCAGAAGGUGGCCGAGGAGUCAGACGUCCAGAAGCUGAUGGAAGUGCUCCAGGGUCUGCUGGCUCAGGGCGGUGGCCCCUUGCGCCAGGCUUCCCAAGACGCCAGGAUAGCUGCGACCUCCUUCGUUGAGCGUCGACGAGGGCAGCUCCUGGCCAGCCUCCGGAAAAUCCUCGCGGAUCAUGCAGCGGCCGGUGACGAGAAGCCUGCAGCGCUUACCAACGGAAGCACAACUGCUAAGUUUACCCCUAAGCCACGUGGCGGUGGGGCCGUGGAGGAGGAGAACGGUUUUGAUGUCAACCAGGACUUCACCUUGGUGAAAGAUUUUGAUGGCCUGGCCCUGGCAUCUCGGUGUUUGGUGCGCCUCUGCGAGAAUGGGAAUCUCACGGUGGCAGCGGAGCUGAUCCAGGCCAAGGCGGACGUGAACAUGCCUGAGCCGGACAUCGGGGUCACACCUCUCAUAGCGGCUGCCAACGCUGGCCACUUGGAUAUCUGCAAGUACCUCUUCAGAAAAGGCGCGGAAGUUAGCACAGAAGUACAGGAUGGUACAAGGAGAACCGCCCUCCACGCAGCUGCACAGAUGGGCUUCGCUUCGGUCGUGCAGCUGUUGCUGGAGAAGAAUGCCGACCCGCGGGUAGAGGACCUCACGAAAACCCAUCCACUCCACCUUGCGGUUCGCUUCGGCCAUGCGGGAGCCGCAGAACUCCUUCUGAAAGGCAAAGCCAACCCGAACUGCUCCGACGACCAGGGCCAUGUGGCCAUCAACGACGCGGUUGCUAAGGACCGCUUCGAUCUGGUCACGAAGCUAUUGGAGCAUGGGGCUCUGGUGCCUUGGCUGAGCCCAGGUGCUUGUGCGUGGAGAUCUGUUUAG